AUUGGCUUAGUAUGAUACCCUUUUUUUAACUUUAUUGUGGUGCUCAUCUUUCCAUAAUAGCACUGCACUCUGCAGCAGACAAUCUAGUGUACAGUAAAUAUUAUUUUCCCCCCCGUGUGAAAAUGUGGAUUACAGCGCUUCUGUUCGUCGCUUGAAGCUUACAUGCUACAUGCUCAUGUAAAUAUAUGCCCAUUGAGACAAUAACACAAGUAAACACAUAACACAUGAGCGUGCUCGAGGAAAGCCGCUUGCAAUACAGCGCCGUGGAAGUACGCAUGACCGACGGAACGGGUUGGGGUCUAUUCACAUCUCAUGCCGUACGCAAGGGCGAUAUGCUUUUACAGGAACUACCAUUAGUUGUACUGGAUAUAAAGUACGAUGCCACACCUGCAACGCAGCAGAAGUUUCAGAAAACUAUACAAUGGGCGAGCAGAUGGACAGCACAAGGAGGACCUAUGAAUGAGUAUCCAAAAGAAUUUCGAAAGUUAAUGGACGAUUGUGUGUGUGAGUGCGUUCAGGAGAUAUUCAAUUCACAAAGUGGUGAUGUACAACGGAAAUGGAUGGCGCUACACGACGCAAAGACACCUAAUGACACGGUGAUCACGGCAUCGAAACUGUUCUAUCUGAAUGGACUUAAUAGCGAGAAAGGGCGACUGCUGAAUGGUUUAGAGUGUAUCAUACUGUCAACAGCGCCAAUGUCCAACGGAAGAUGGGCUGCAAGACUAACAUACGAUGGCAAGGAUUUGAGCGUCAAAAAGGACUCACUGAAGAAGAAGAUUCCAGGCAAUGUGGCCUCUACCAAUUCCUUCUCCGUGGGUGGCUAUGACGGUGUGGGACAAAAACUAGGUUUGUAUGAAGUGCUGUCGAGAAGCAAUCACUCAUGCGAGCCUGGGACAUCGAGGUCGAUUGACGCGAAUGGGCUGGCGGUACUGAGAGCUGAGCGAGCCUUUUCCCAAGGAGAACAGGUGUAUACACGGUAUAUAGCCGGGAGUUUGCCAUAUGAAGCUCGUCAGAGUGAAUUGCGUGACAAGUACGGGUUUGAUUGCGGUUGUCAAAAAUGCGAAGCAGAGCGACGGGUGUAGGGCUUGUACGUGAGAUAGGAGACAAUGCUUCCUGGAAAUAGUAAUUAUUAUUUCGUGUGUGUUAAAACAUGCGUGGGCCACCUCGGGCCUUUGUGUGUACUCAUGCCCUAGGAAAGCAACUGUAAACUAGGAAACAACAAGGAUAGCCACAUCGUGACAUACCACCAGCGGUAUUUCAAACAUUUAAUACUCUGUCACGGGCGUAUAUGCAAGCGCACGUAUACCGGAAAUAUCACAUGUGCUAAUUUCUAGGGACCGCGAACGCAUACCAUUGCGUCAUGUAUACCGACGAAUUGCAUAUACCAAUAUAAGAGUGUGGUGCAGCCAGCUCUUCCUACUGCGUCAGUAGCUACGUCUAUAGGUGUAUGUUAUGUACAUUUAUUAUUUUACCACUGUGUUACAUGCGGCUGUUACAGUUGGAACAGGUCCUAUUUCGUGGCCUGUAUUGGAUAGUACGGCCCGCGAGCCCGAUACCUUCCCAUUAGGCGCAAUAAACUGAAAGUCGCGUAUAUUGCGUACUUCACCAUGUUUGAAGCCGAGUGCAAAUAGGCGAUACUAGCAGACCAUAUAAUUAUGAGAUAGAAUGAUCAUUGCGUCUGAUUCAAGACCAGCCAAGCCCGAGCAAAAUUAUACAGGGCGCUUCAUCAUCGCUAUAUGUAGCUUUAAAGGCAAGAAACAUCACAAAUCAAUAA